UUAUCAAAAAUUGAAUACCUAUUUUCAGUUUAUUAAAAUUAUUCAGACAGUAAACAUGCCAAAGAAAAUAAAUCUUAUAAAAUUUCUUUGUCUACUAGUUUAUCUGGGAUGUGUUUCAGCUAACACAUUACAUUAUCAGCCACAGCAAAUUCAUUUGUCUAUAGGAGAUGAACCCAACUCCAUUGUUGUAACAUGGAACACAAUUGAUAAUCCAGGAAAGUCAAUGGUGGAAUAUGGGAUUAAUGGAUUUAUCUUAACUGCAUCAGGAACUCGCAAAUUGUUUGUUGAUGGUGGAAAGGAAAAACAUUCACAAUGGAUUCAUAAAGUCACUUUAUCUGAUUUAGAACCAGAUAUAAAGUAUAUUUAUCAUUGUGGAAGCAAUUUAGGAUGGUCUGCUGAGUUCUUUUUUAAAACUUUUCCUGAUGGUAACAAUUGGAUUCCUCGUAUUGCUUUAUUCGGUGACAUGGGAAAUGAAAACAUUCAAUCACUUCCGAGACUACAAGAAGAAACUCAAAGAGGACUUUACGACGCAAUAAUUCAUGUUGGUGAUUUUGCGUAUGACAUGAACUCAGAUAACGCUCGUGUUGGUGACGAGUUUAUGAAUCAAAUUCAAUCGAUUGCUGCUUACGUUCCAUAUAUGACGUGUGCUGGAAAUCAUGAAGAAUCUUUUAAUUUCUCGAAUUAUCGCGCUCGCUUCAAUAUGCCAGGCCAAACUGAUAACAUGUUCUACAGUUUCAACAUGGGUCCAGUUCAUUUCAUAGGAUUCUCAUCAGAAGUUUAUUACUUCAUGAACUAUGGAAUUAAAUCAUUAGUGAAUCAAUAUGAAUGGCUAGAAAAGGAUUUGAUUGAAGCGAACAAGCCAGAAAAUAGAAAGGAACGUCCAUGGAUCGUAACAUUUGCUCAUCGUCCAAUGUACUGCUCGAAUGAAAAUGGAGACGAUUGCACUCAUUAUGAAACUCUUGUUAGAAGCGGUUUACCUUUCAGUGAAUUCUUUGCACUUGAACCAUUGUUUUAUAAAUAUGGAGUUGAUCUCGAGUUCUGGGCUCAUGAGCACAGUUAUGAACGUCUCUGGCCCAUUUACGACUAUAAAGUAUACAAUGGAUCGUAUGAAGAACCUUAUAGAAAUCCUCGCGCACCUGUUCACAUCAUUACUGGGUCAGCUGGCUGUAAAGAAGGUCGUGAACCAUUUAUUAGAAAAAUUCCAGAAUGGAGUGCUUUCCAUUCACAAGAUUAUGGAUACACUCAACUUUAUGCACAUAAUUCAACUCAUCUAGAACUGAAACAAAUUUCAGUUGACAAAGCUGGCGCUGUUAUUGAUCAAUUUUAUGUGAUAAAAGAUGAACACGGUUCUUAUACCAAAACUGAUUAGAUAAUUUCUGCUUCUUCUAAUUUACGUUGUUCAUUUUUGUAAUCUCUUUCAUAAAUAAAAGUUCUCAUUAGAAACAAAUUUCUAUCAUUCUUCAGAAGAAAAAAAAGUAAAAUUGAAAUAAAAAUCGUCUUUAAUUAAGUCUUUACUUAUUCAACAAAGUUUAUUCUUAAAAGCAUCAUUCUAUGUUAAACAUUCUAUGACUUAUAUUUGGCUUAUAUAAUUUUCCAAUGCAUCACGAGAAAGAUUUGAAUGCAUACGUAAAAAAUGUGCUUUAACAUGAUGCUUUCUUGAUCCUGAAUAUUCACAACUGCCAACUGGGCAGUUUAUAUUGGACAACUGCCAAUUGAUUGAAUUUGUUUUGUGAAUUGUUUUUUUGUUUUCACAGUGAUUGCGAUAAUGGUGCAUCAUAUUAGAUCUAUUGUAAUACAUUUUUGUACAUCCCGGGCCAACACAUUGAACCGUUUUUUCUUUAUUUUUUUCUUUAUGUGUAGAUAGAUGAUAGUUGAGUGAUCCCCUUCUGUGAUAAGAUAGUCCACAUAAUUGGCAUUUAUAUUGUUUGAUUUGAAAUUCCUCUGGGAC